AUGCCUUCCACGCCCCCGUACCGUCCUACCGAACCACCCGACUCGCCCACGCACUCCGACUCGGACCUUGAAAUCGAUCUCCAGGAGCUUGACCCGAUCCCCUCCGAGAACGCCGGAGACUCGACUGCUGCUGAGCAGGGUGCCUCUCGGAUAGCUCUCAGAAAGCUGCGUAUGGGAGGACUGCGACGCUUGAAAAAUCGCGGUCGCGGAUAUGGAGAUCUCGGCGCCGACCGCGAUGCUCUGGGCGAGCUCGGCCGAGCCUGGCCAGACGGCAACGCCAACGCCGAUGACGACGCUCCCCUUCUGGGCGGGGAUCGACCGUCCCAUACCCAUUCCCGGCGUGCCUCUCGGUCCAGUCUUCGCCUGUUGAAUUUCAUGUCCGCCAGCGAUGACGCUGACGAACAGGAAGAGGAUGAUGCGUCCACCGCCAGAUUGGUCGCCGUGGGAUCGAGCCAGACGACUCGCUUCCCGACCAACAUAGUGUCCAACGCCAAGUACACCGCCCUGACCUUCCUGCCCGUCACUCUGUACAACGAAUUUUCCUUCUUCUUCAACAUGUACUUCUUGCUCGUCGCCUUAUCGCAAGCGAUUCCCGCCCUUCGCAUCGGUUACCUUUCAACCUACGUAGCCCCGCUGGCCUUUGUUCUCUGCAUCACCAUGGGCAAGGAAGCCUACGACGACAUUGAGAGGCGGCGGAGGGACACCGAAGCUAACUCGGAAGAGUACAGGGUUCUCCUCUUCAGUGACGUGGAGUCGCCUCCGACAGCGUCGAAAACGCGACGCUUGCUCAAGUCUGACUCCAGGCGUGGCUCUCGAAGACAGAUGGGGGGGCGGCACGAUUUAUCGGAUAUCCAAGAAGAGCAGGACCAAGAGGAGCCGGAACCUUCUUCGUACAUCGAGGAGAUCGGUCGUAAAUCCAAGGAUCUCAAAGUCGGCGACGUCCUCAAGCUGAGUAAAGGGCAGCGAGUGCCAGCAGACGUCGUCAUCCUGCAGUGCUGCUCCUCCGAUGGCGUCGCGCAGGCGAAAGAGCCGGCGGAGGAGGAAUCGCUGCUCGCUCUGGCCGAAAACGACGGGCUCAAAGGCAAGCAGCCUGCCACGGAUUCGACACCCCAGGAUGCCGAGAACGGUUCCGUAGGCGAGACCUUCAUCAGGACCGACCAGCUUGAUGGUGAAACCGACUGGAAGCUGAGGCUCGCAUCUGCCUUGACGCAAAACCUUGCGCCCGGAGAGUUCGUUCGCCUUCGGGUCACUGGCGGGAAGCCCGACAAGAAGGUAAACGAUUUUGCCGGAACCGUGGAGCUGCUGCCCACGAGGCAGGAUGCCAUGGCCAACCACUCGAUGAUACAAGAUAGCGACACGGGCAAGUCUGUGGCGCUCUCCAUAGACAACACGGCGUGGGCCAACACCAUCAUCGCCUCGCAAGGAACAACCCUGGCCGUUGUCAUGUACACCGGCACGCAAACGCGCUCUGCACUUUCCACGGCGCCUUCCCGAUCCAAGACCGGCCUUCUCGAGUACGAAAUCAACUCGUUGACCAAGAUCCUGUGCGCGCUGACCUUGGCUUUAUCCAUCGUCCUGGUGGCCUUGGAGGGAUUUGGGAGCACCGAGGGCAACGUCUGGUACAUCAAAAUCAUGCGAUUCCUCGUCCUCUUCUCCACCAUUGUACCCAUCAGCCUGCGUGUCAACCUGGACAUGGGCAAGAGCGCAUACUCGCGCUUCAUCCAGCGCGAUCCCGGGAUCCCAGGCACGCUCGUCCGCACGAGCACGAUUCCCGAAGACCUCGGGCGGAUCGAGUACCUGCUGAGCGACAAGACAGGCACUCUUACUCAAAAUGACAUGGAGAUGAAGAAGAUUCACGUCGGAACGGUAUCAUACGCCAACGACGCCAUGGAUGAGGUUGUAUCCUACGUCAAGCAAGGGUUCCAUAUACAGCCCACGACGGAUCCCAUGUCUCAGACGAUGCUCAUCACGCCGUCCUCAACCAUGACUAGCGGCAAUGUCGGCGCAACCCGGACAAGGCGAGAGAUUGGAACACGAGUCCGCGACCUUGUUCUCGCCUUGGCCCUCUGUCACAACGUGACGCCGACGACCGACACCGAAGACGGCAGAGAGGUCACCUCCUAUCAAGCGUCAUCGCCGGAUGAGAUUGCCAUUGUCAAAUGGACCGAAUCUGUUGGCCUCAAGCUGACAUGUCGUGAUCGCAAGAGCAUGACUCUCGAGCUGACGGAUAGCGGACGGCCUAUUGUCCGCGUUCGCAUCCUCGACGUUUUCCCCUUCACGUCCGACGGCAAGCGCAUGGGCAUUGUUGUUCACUUCCAGGAGAACAUCAAGACGCCCACGACGGAUCUGAGCAGCGGCGAAAUAUGGUUCUACCAGAAGGGCGCGGACACUGUCAUGAGCUCGAUCGUGGUCGCUAACGACUGGCUCGACGAAGAGACGGCGAACAUGGCACGCGAAGGUCUGCGAACGCUCGUCGUCGGCCGCAAGAAGCUCUCGGUCCAGCAGUACCUAGAAUUUUCGUCCAAAUACCAGGAAGCAGCGCUCGUCAUUACUGGUCGCGAGGUCAGCAUGCAGCAGGUCAUGUCGCAUUAUCUCGAGAGCGACCUUGAGCUUCUCGGCAUCACUGGCGUCGAAGACAAACUGCAGAAGGACGUGAAGCCGUCGUUGGAGCUGCUUCGAAACGCGGGCAUCAAGAUAUGGAUGUUGACGGGUGACAAGGUCGAGACGGCUCGGUGCGUGGCCGUCAGCUCGAAGCUUGUUGCCCGAGGGCAGUACAUAUAUACGGUUGCUAAGCUCAACACAAAGGUCAACGCGCAAGACCAUCUCGACGUGCUCCGCAGCAAGACGGACGCGUGCUUGCUCAUUGACGGCGAGAGCCUGAAUCAUUUUCUGACACACUUCCGGAUUGAGUUCAUCUCCAUUGCCGUCCUCCUUCCCACCGUCGUCGCGUGCCGCUGCUCGCCGACGCAAAAGGCCGAGGUCGCCUACCUCAUCAAGGAAUACACCAAGAAGCGAGUCUGCUGUAUUGGAGACGGUGGAAAUGAUGUCUCCAUGAUCCAAGCCGCAGACGUCGGUGUGGGUAUUGUCGGCAAGGAGGGACGGCAGGCAAGCCUGGCCGCCGACUUUUCCAUCGAGCAGUUUUGCUAUCUCGUCAAGCUGUUGGUGUGGCACGGGCGCAAUAGCUACAAACGAAGCGCGAAGCUGGCGCAGUUUGUCAUCCAUCGUGGCCUCAUCAUCGCCGUGUGCCAAACGAUGUUUAGCAUCGCCAUCAAGUUUGAACCCGAAGGUUUGUACAAGGACUGGCUCCUCGUCGGCUACGCGACUGUGUACACGGCGGCUCCUGUCCUCUCUCUCGUCCUCGACAAGGACGUGGACGAGAACCUGGCCAACCUAUACCCGGAACUGUACAAGGAGCUCACGUUGGGACGCUCACUUUCGUACCGUACCUUCUUCGUUUGGGUGUUUGUGUCCAUCUAUCAGGGUGGUAUGAUCCAAGGUCUAUCUCAGAUCCUGACGGAAGUGGACGGCAAGAAGAUGGUCGCCGUCAGCUACACCGUCCUGGUACUCAACGAGCUCAUCAUGGUCGCCAUCGAAAUCACGACGUGGCAUCCGGUCAUGAUGAUCAGCAUCCUCGGCACGUUCAUCUUUUUCAUCGGAUCGAUGCCUUUCCUCGGGGGCUACUUCGACCUGGAGUUUAUCAUAACAUGGGGGUUCCUCUGGCGCAUCCUGGCCAUUGGGGCCAUCUCGCUAAUACCGCCGUAUGCCGGCAAGCUCAUCAGGAGAGCCAUCAAGCCGCCUUCGUACAGGAAGGUGAGGAAUAGGUGA